GAAUUUCCAAGGGAAAUGAUACGUUGGUUGUGUAAAUGCUUUGUGCCUAGCAGUAGAAUGUUUGUUAUGCCCAGUGGUGAGAAGUUUUAGUUGACUGCUGCUGAUGUGCAUGAUGUCUUUGGUAUUCCUAUGGGAUCUGUUCCUGUUCCAGUCUCUGCUCGAGGAGAUAAUGAUUUGAAGGUUGCUUGGAGGAACACAUAUGGUAAUGGAAAGACAGUUACUGUGAGUCAGUUGGAGGGAUUUUUGAAAUCAGAUGUAGGUAUGCAGUCAGGGAAUGCUGAAUUUAAGAAGUGUUUUGUGAUGUAUGCAAUGAUUACUUUGCUGACACCCACUACAAACAGAUUGGCUGAUUUAAAGCUUGUUUUAGCUUUUGAAGAUGUGUCUAUGAUUAGGCAAUAUAAUUGGUGUCAAUAUGUGUUGGAUGAUUUGGCUGAUAAGUUAAGUGGAUAUAAGCCAAAGCAAAAUUAUAUUGUUGGGUGUGUCUUGUUGCUUCAAAUUUGUUAUUUUCAUCGGCUCCAUUCAGAGGGGCAGCUUGUCCUACAUCUAUUCCAUUGAUUAAACAUUGGGGUAAUCAAGAAGUUAGGCAAAGGUUGGCUAAUGAGAGUGGAGUUUAUGGUGUUGGUGAAUUGGAUAAAGAUACAUAUCCAAUAACUUCAAUUGAUUCUUUGCCUGAGCUUCCUGUUUUUGAGGAUGAAGAUGAGGAUAAACAGGAAGAGGAAGAGAAAGAUGAAGAUGAAGAAGGAAAUAAGGAACAUAAGAAGAUUUCUUCACAAGGGGAUGCUACAGAGUUGGUGCAGCAUCAAAAGAAAAAGGGAGAGAAAGAAAGUGAUGCUGUAGAAGUGGUACAACAUCUAAAAAGUGCAAAUGUAAAACCAUCUUCAUAUGAUAUGGUUGCGUAUGGUGAGAAGCAGGAGAAGAGUCAGGAUGCAAAUCCUUCUCCAUUUUCUUCUCGGGUUGUUACAUUUGAUCUCCCAAAUGAAAUUUAAUCAAAUGAAGAAAUCAAUAAAGUUGCAAAGAAUGAUGUUGAGGAGAAGUAUUUACUAAUGAAGAGAGAUUUGAAGUUAAUUGUGUAUCAAUGUGAACAACACAUUGAAUCAAUUAAGCAGCAAUCAGUAGCUGUUCAAGAAGAUUCGAAGCUUCCUUCGAAGAAGAGAUCUCCUGAGCUCUCUUAGUUGGAUCCAAUAUUCAAUGAUUUGUCAUUUUGGGAACAAAUUGAUAAGAUUGUUGAUCAAAGUUUGAAAAUGAAGCAAUUGGAAGCUGAUAUGCCUUCUUUUGAGCUGUUUUCUGUUUCAAAUCCAGAGCUGAAUGCUGAAAAAAGUAUGAAAAAGAAGAAUAAAGAAGAAGAUAUGCCUUCGUUUGAUCUGUUUUCGUACUCAAAUCCAGAUUUUUCGACUCCUAUUGAAAUACCAAAUGUUCAAAGAGAGGAUGAAGUUAGCAAAGAAAUUUUUGCUCAAGUUUCUGAGCAAACUCCACCAAAUAUUGAUCCCAAUAUGGUGGAAUUUUCAAAUCCUGUUGUGAAUGAUGUGGUAAGGUUGAUUAAUGAUAAUGAAAUUGGAGUUUUUGAUACAUACCAAGGUGAAGAAGCUGUGACUGAGACUACGUAGGAUUUGAGUCUUAAAGAUAUACAAAUGGAAGAAGCUGCUAGUGAACCUACUACUAGUGGUUUAAUUUCUGAAGCUGGUUGUUUGAAACCUUCAAACGGAAUGCAGGUUCCUUUUUUCUGAUGAAAGGGCAGAUGUUGGUGAAUCUGUCACUGAGAAGGACAACAUUGAUGAUUUAACAAUUCAACUAUCUCAGUUUGAAGAGCAACAAGAUAGAGAAUUUGAGAUUGAUGAAAAUGACAACAUUGGUGAUUCUCAAGCUGCCAAUCAGAAUAUGGAAGAACCUGUUGUGGGUGGUUCUUUGUGUGAGGUACAGGAAGUGAUCCUUAUUGAUGAAUCUGAAUUUCUCAACAAGAAAUCAAUAAGAGAAAAUGAAAUACUUCAUGAUGUUGAGCCUAUUUCUACUGUUGUAUCUGCACCUCUUCCUGUUCUGCAUUCUGCUUUGUCAUCUUCCAUUGGUGGUGCUGCUUCUUCUGCACCAGUUGGUGCAUCUAAUUCUGUUUAGAGUUCUGGUUCAAAGGGGAAAGUUUCUGCAACUCAAAAGCAGAAAAAUAAAAAAAAAUCUGGAUCAAGCAGUUCUAGUAAUCCUAGAAAGAAGAAGGAAAUAUUGUGGUGUUCUCUUCCUGGUCACACUGAUGAAGAAGCUUUAAAAAUUUUGAAGGAAAAGAUGAAAGAUGUAGAUCCUGACGGUGAGGAUGCUCAUAAUUCUCAUAUUCCAGACGAAAAUUCUGAUAGUAGUGGUUCUACUUUUAAAGAUACAUCUGGUCUAUUAAGCUGUAGUAUUUACUGUGGUCAAUCUGGUGGUUAUACUUUACAGCUGACAUCAGGAUCUUUAAGAGUUAGAAACAACAGGAAGAAACUCUACGCGAUGAAGGAGUUGAGGCUUGAGGUUGCUGAUUAUUGUUUUGUUGAGAAUUAUUCCGGUGUUGAUGAUUCGGAGACUAUAUUCCAUUAUUCUGAGGUAUAUCAGUUGAAUCGUGAAGAAUUUAGUACAUUGAUCCCAGGGCAGUUAAUAUCAAGUCGUGUGAUGGACUGUUUUUAUAUUCUUCUUAAUCUUGAGGAGGUCUUGACAGGUUUCACUUAUAAUAGAGUUUUCAUUGGUGAUGACCAUAUGUGGCCUGUUCUGCAGUGUCUUUUUGCUGGUGAUGGUUGUGUAUAUGAGAGAGAUGUAUAUGGGGCAUGGGACACUUGGUUUUUGAAUGUUAAAUGUACUGAUAUUUUGACUGCAAAGCUGGUUUUUAUGCCAAUCUGGUAUGAUAAUCACUAUGCUGUUGUUGUGGUGAACUUUUUAGACAAUACCAUUGAUUAUCUUGACAACAGAAAGUAUUCGAUCUAUGACGAGAAUUUAAAGAAGUAUACAACAAAGUUUGAUGGAUUGCAUUCUGUAUAUUAUAGUAUCACAUAUCGUUUGAGAUAUCUUAUGUCAAGAUACAUGACAAUCAAAGGCCGUGAAGAUGGAGUGGAUGUGGUGGGUUUCCCAAUUCAGAUGAUCAAAUUGGAUGGACAAAAAGUGGGUCAAAAUGUGGACUGCGGAGUAUUUUGUCUAUAUCACUGUGCUUCAUAUUUUGGGAAAACAUUUAGAAGUUAUUGUUUAAAUCAGGUUAUUCAACGCCGUCGUUAUCGGGCUGAAAUUUGUGCUUCAUUGGUGUUGUCUGAUUUGAAUAAUGAAAGAAAAUUUGUCUUGUCCCGUGCUGAUCAAUAUGUCAAAAAUCAUGAAAUGAUUAUGGCUGAAGUCUUACAAAAUGAGAAGCUCAUUAAAGAGGCUGAAAUUGAGGCUUAUAAGGUAGAGCAACGUGCUGAUUAUGAAAGAAGACGGAAAGCUAAAGUUGAAAAAGAAGAAGCUGCGUUGGUGGCUGCUACAAUAGCUGCGGAAGAGGAUUUCGCAAAAAGAAAGUUAGCUAAUUCAUCUUCAGCAACUGUUGAAAACCAAGCAAAAGAGGCACCAGCAGAAGAGGCAGCUGCAGGAAAAAGAUCAACUCGAAAUAUGUCAGCAGCAGAAACAGCACCAGCAUCAGCAGUAGAACCAGCCCCGACAUCCAAAUCCAAAGCUGUAGCAGUGGCUAACAGUAAAGUACAUGCACGUAACAGUAAAGCUUCAGCACCUAAGAGUACACCACCAGCAGUUAAGAAGACAAAUUGAAAAUUACAGUAAGAAGUAAAUUUUAGUAAUUUUUUUUUAGGAUUUUAGAUCUGAUUAAACAUUAUUUUUUCUUUAUUCGUAUAAUUUGUUAAUAUUUUAUUUUAUAUCUCUUGUUUAAGUAUAAUUUGUUUAAAAUUUGUUCUAUAUAUUAGGGUUUAUUCCUUCUUUUGUGUCUAUGGAAGUUUAAGGGUUACUUGGGUUACUUGGUGCUUUUUAGGGUUACUUAGGGUUACUCUGUGCUUGGGGUUACUUGUGGUUUUUUUGUGCUUGUAGUAAAGGUUACUUUCCUCUUGUAGUGGUUACUUUGUUCUUAUAGGGCUUACUUUCUGCUUUUUGGUAUUACUUUCAACAGAUUGUUACUUUGGUCUCCUAGAGAUUACUUGAUGUUUUUGGGGUUACUAGGAGUUACUUGGGGUUACUAGGAGUUACUUGGGGUUAUAUAUUUUUUUUAGGGGUUACUUGGUGUUUGUAGGGGUUGCUUUGUUCUUGUUGGAGUUACUUGGGGUUACUUGGUUCUUGAUGGGGUUACUUGGUUCUAUUUUGAAUUAACGGUGUUUUGUAUUGGUUUGUGUGAUACACACUAUUAGAUACAAGUUAUAACAAUUGAAAGCAAUAGUCAAAGUACAUGAUAAAUGUCAAAGUAAACAAUAAAUUAAUAAAUAUUUGUUUACAUUAUUCAUAAACUGUAAUUUUUGUAAAUUAAAAACAUUACGAAACUAAAAUAACUUUGGAUUUAUAACUGGUGUUAUUGUCCCAAAUUCCCUUGUGUCAGCUUUGGUUUGCAUUGCUUUUGUUUUCUUUGCUUUUGGUUGUUUUUCUUUUUCAAAAUGUCCCUUGAUUCUUUUGCUUCUUCCUUUUGUGUUUGCUCGAUCUGGAUCAUUUACUCUUGGUAUUUGUUCUUGAUUUUGUUGUUCUUUUGUGAUUUCAACAGAUUGUUCAUCUUCUUCUUUUUCUGCAUCUUGCAGUUCUAGCUGUCUUUUUAUUAGAUCUGCUUCUUUAUCAAUUUUCUUUAGUUGUAACUCAAUGAAGCUCCGUGUUUCUUUGUGAUGUUGAUAUUUCAGUAUAAGAUUGUAGGACUUUCUUGCCAUUGUGUGACGCCAAGGCUUGAAUUUUUGUAUUCCUGUUGAAUUUUCUGCUUCAUGAUCAUCUUUUUUUUUCCAUACAUUAGAUUUAGCUAGCUUUGUCCAUCUUGCUAAGA